AUGCUGCCGCGCUGCGUGCUCACGCUGUGCCAUGUGCUUGUGCUGGUGCUGUGUUUGUCUGCGGCUGAGGACUUCGACUGGACAAAGAACGACCGCGGCUCCUUCUAUUAUGGCUCUUUUCCAACUGGAUUUUCGUGGGGAGCCGGCAGUUCAGCCUAUCAGACAGAAGGGGCCUGGGACAAAGAUGGCAAAGGAAUAAGCAUCUGGGAUGUGUUUUCUCACAAAAAGGGGAAAGUAGCUUUCAACGACACCGGAGACUCCUCUUGCGAUGGCUACUACAAAGUCAAGGAAGACAUUGCCUUAAUGAAAGACCUAAAAUUAAACCACUAUCGCUUCUCCAUCUCCUGGCCCAGAAUAAUACCAACUGGAAUUAAAUCAGACCAUAUCAACGAGAGAGGAUUAAAGUACUAUGACAACUUGAUAGAUCUUCUUCUUGAGAACAAGAUAACCCCCAUUGUUACCCUGUAUCAUUGGGAUUUGCCACAGGUGUUGCAGGAGAAAUAUGGUGGAUGGCAGAACAUCAGCAUGGUCAACUACUUCAAUGACUACGCCAACUUGUGCUUUGAAAGAUUUGGGAACCGGGUGAAAUACUGGAUCACGUUCAACAAUCCAUGGUCCAUUGCUGUGGAGGGCUAUGAGACGGGGGAGCAUGCCCCAGGGUUGAGGCUGAAAGGCACUGGAGCUUACAGGGCUGCCCACAACAUGAUAAAGGCCCAUGCUAAGGUUUGGCAUACAUACGACACUCAAUGGCGAAACAAGCAGAAAGGCUUCAUUGGGAUAUCUCUGUCUGGUGACUGGGGAGAGCCAGUGGACCUCACUAACCAGAAGGACAUUGAAGCUGCUGAAAGAUAUGUCCAGUUCUACUUGGGCUGGUUUGCUACACCUCUGUUUCAUGGAGACUACCCUCAAGUGAUGAAGGACUACAUAGGGAGAAAGAGUGCCCAGCAGGGUUUGGGGAGCUCACGGCUGCCGACCUUCUCACCACAGGAGAAAAGCUACAUCAAGGGCACCUGUGACUUUCUGGGCAUAGGCCACUUUACCACACGUUACAUCACACAGAAGAACUUUCCAGCAAACCGUGGCAACAGCUACUUCACUGACCGUGAUCUGGCAGAGCUAGUGGACCCCCGCUGGCCGGACCCCGGCUCCGAGUGGCUCUACUCUGUUCCCUGGGGGUUCCGUCGCCUGCUCAACUUUGUUAAGACUCAGUAUGGGAACCCAAUGAUCUACAUAACGGAGAACGGUGUGUCUGAGAAGAUGAUGUGUACAGAGCUUUGCGAUGACUGGAGGAUACAAUACUACAAAGACUAUAUCAAUGAGAUGCUGAAAGCUAUUAAAGAUGGUGUGAAUGUGAAGGGAUACACAGCGUGGUCACUCCUGGACAAGUUUGAGUGGGACGAGGGCUACUCCGAGAGGUUUGGCCUUUACUACGUGGACUUCAGGAACAAGAACAAGCCGCGGUACCCCAAGGCCUCGGUCCAUUACUACAAGCGCAUCAUUAGCUCCAAUGGGUUCCCCAAUCAGAGAGAGGUGGAGAGCUGGAAGCGGAAGGCCACGGAAACCUGCUCAUCCAGCAACCAGCUGCUAGCCGCAGAGGAACAGCGGACUACUGCUGCAAAUAUUCUAAGACUUAUUCAUGACCCCCUGACCAGCCACAUGGAGAUGGUGACAGAGAUUGUUGUUCCCACUGUCUGCACCCUGUGUAUCCUCCUGAGCGCAGUCUUCCUGAUGUUCCUACUGCGCAGGCGCAACUAG